AUGACACUCACAGAUGAAGUUCACCAUCUUAUAUCUGCCAUACAAACCUUGGAUACUUCCGUUCAUAAUUUUAUGGAGACUGUUGUUGAGAAUUCUCAAAAGGUGGAUCAAUCCCGCCAAUUUGUUAUUGAUGAACUUCUUCAGCAAACACAAACUUUGCAUAACACCAGUUUGGAAUCUAUUUUAGCUGCACAUCGACGUGAGAUGAGUACCUUGCUGCAACAACACACACAAGAUACUACCAAUCUUGCUGAUACUGUCACUCGUAACAUGGCAUCAAUCUUACUUACACGUUUUCCUUUGAAUAGCCCUUCUCCUGGUCUGCAUAGUGCUCAUGGCAGCAGUGUUCCUUCUGGUAACACUCAUGGUACCUCUGGUAGCAGUGGUAUUCUUGGUUCUCCGAUACCUAAUAACUUGAAGUUUCCUAUCUUUGAUGGAACGGAUCCUGCUAGUUGGAUUUUUCAGGCAGAUCAGUAUUUUCGGCUUCAUCAUACAAUUGAAGCUGUAAAAAUUGACAUUGCUACUUCUUCCUUCAAAGGCGACGCUAAUGCUUGGUAUCGCUGGAUUCAACCAAAGCUCACUAAUCCUACAUGGACACAAUUUUGUUCACAGGUUCGUGAACGUUUUGCUGAUAAGAAGUUUUCCAACCCACGUCUAGCACUAUCCACAAUUCGUCAACAAGGUUCAGUGCGUGAUCACAUUCGAGAAUUUGAACAACUUCUAAAUUUCGUCACAGAUUUACCAGAUGAUUAUGUCAUUGAUCUCUUUGUUCGAUCUCUCAAGAGAGAAAUCCGAUCUGUUGUGGAAAUUUUUGAGCCACCCACAUUGGCUAUUGCUUUUCAAAAGGCUAUUAAACAAGAAGAUGUGUUACUGUUUAAUCCAUCUUUUUACAAAUCUAUUGCGAGACAAAAUCCUUACAGGCAGGCGCCUUCUUCAACCCCUUCUUUUGAUACAACUAAUACAUCCUUUAAGAAGUCUACCAUUCCAUCUGGCGUUAAACGUUUAUCUUUCGAGGAACAACGUAUACGACGUGAGCAGGGCCUAUGUUUCAAUUGUGAUGAACAAUAUAAAGCUGGACAUGUGUGUGCAAAUCCAUUGAACUCUAGAUUAUUAAUUUUAGAUAUGUCUCCAGAAGUCCAUGUUGAAGAUGAUGAGUAUUCACCUGCGUCUCUUACUGACGAAAUAAUUACUCUUGCGGCUGCAAAUCAGACAUAUUCUGAUCCCACAAUCUCAUUCCAUGCUCUCACUGGCACUUCUUUUCCAAACACUAUGCGUGUUACUGGUAGAAUUGCUGGUCACACACUCACUAUUUUACUGGAUUCGGGAUCAACCCAUAAUUUCCUACACCCUUCUGUUGCUAAACGAUGUGGUGUUCUCCAGAAAACAGCUGCUGAUCAUAUGAAUGUUUUGGUGGGUAAUGGAGGAAUUUUAAAAACACAAGGACUUUGUUCUGAUGUUUCCUUAGAAUUACAGUCUUACAUGUGCACUACUGAUUUUUUCUUACUAGAAUUGAGUGGUUGUGAGGCAGUGCUUGGGGUGGACUGGCUGAGAACCUUAGGUAAUAUUUCUUGGGAUUUUGAUAAAUUGCACAUGCAGUUUACUGCCAAUGGUCGAGAACAUAUGUUAGUGGGAAACAAUUCUACUUCCAUUUUAUUAUUGGAUGGCUCUUUCCUGCACAAGGCCUUUCAAGAUACUCAACAUGGUUUUCUCUUGCAAUUGAUGUCAUCUCCAACUACUCCAGAACUUCACUCUCAGGUAUCCACUGCAGUCUCUGACUUGCUUUUACAAUUUUCUGAUUUGUUUGCUUCACCUACUGCUUUACCACCUCAGAGAAAGUAUGAUCAUUGUAUUCCUUUACUGCCUAAUACAGCACCAGUUAAUGUUAGACCCUAUAGAUACCCAUAUUUUCAGAAGGCAGAAAUUGAAAAGAUUGUUCAAGAACUCUUAGAUACAGGUUUGAUUCGAACUAGUUCUAGUCCAUUUUCUUCUCCAGUGCUCUUGGUUCGAAAAAAGGAUGGUUCUUGGCGUAUGUGUGUGGAUUACAGAGCUCUUAAUAAGGUUACUGUCAAGGAUAGAUUUCCCAUUCCAAUAGUGGAUGAACUUCUGGAUGAACUUUGUGGUGCAGUUAUAUUCUCCAAAAUUGAUAUGCGAUCUGGUUACCAUCAAAUUCGUGUACAUCCUGAUGAUAUACAUAAAACAUCUUUUCGCACACAUGAUGGACAUUAUGAAUUUUUAGUGAUGCCGUUUGGAUUGUCUAAUGCUCCUGCGACUUUUCAAAGCUUGAUGAAUGAAAUUCUCAGACCUUUUCUUCGAAAGUUUGUGUUGGUAUUUUUCGAUGACAUACUUAUCUACAGCAAGUCUGAAUCUGAACAUAUCCACCAUAUUACUUUAGUCUUUGAGGUUUUACGAGCACAUCAAAUCUUCCUCAAACAACAAAAGUGUGAAUUUGCUCAACAGUCAAUCAGUUAUUUGGGUCAUCGAGUUUCUUCAGAUGGUGUUUCUGUAGACUCAGAUAAGAUAUCUUGCAUCACUAAUUGGCCCAUUCCUAAUACUGUGAAAGCCUUGAGAGGUUUUUUAGGAUUAGCUGGGUACUACCGCAAGUUUGUCAGAAACUAUGGCAAGAUCAGUGCUCCACUUACACAACUCCUUAAGUUGGAUGCCUUUGUCUGGACUCCUGAGGCAACUACGGCCUUUAUACAUCUUAAGCAAGCUUUUACUAGUACACCUGUUUUGGCAUUACCAGAUUUUACCAAAGUUUUUUGUUUGGAGUGUGAUGCUUCUGGAAAUGGCUUAGGAGCAGUUUUACUUCAAGACAAGAGGCCUGUUGCUUACUACAGUAAAGCUCUUUCAGGUAAGAAUCUCAAUCUCUCCGUUUAUGAUAAAGAGAUGUUGGCCAUUGUUACUGCGGUUAAUAAAUGGCGACCUUACUUACUUGGUUGA